AUGUCGGUCCCCAUGAUACCCAUUGAUCCCGAUAAGCGGGACGACAUAUACUACCGCUACAAGAUGCCCACCAUCCAGACGAAGGUGGAGGGCAGUGGCAACGGUAUCAAGACGGUGUUCCCAAACAUCCACGAUGUGUGUCUUGCCAUCAACCGCCCCGAGGAAGUGCUCAUGAAGUUCUUUCAGUCCGAAAUUGGUGCUCAGCGCACGGUGCUAGAAAAGGAUGAUAAGUUCCUCAUCAUGGGAAGUCACACAGAGGAGCGUGUGCAGGAGAAAAUUUACGACUUUAUUCGCAAGUUCGUUCUCUGCCGUAACUGUAGAAAUCCUGAAACGCAACUUGUGGUCGAAACCACCAAGAAAACUCCAUAUAUUAGCAUGUCAUGCGGCGCAUGCGGUAAAGUGAUGAAGCUAAGUGAUCUCGAAACACGUUAUGUGACUGCCAUUGUGACGUACUUUGCCAAGAAUCCACAGAUGGCAAUGAAGAAGGGUGCUGGUACAGCAGAGGCCCGUGCUGGCGAGAAAACGCACCAUGCAGCAGCAGCAGCAGCGGCGGCAGCGGCAGCGGUUCCUACUGAAACUACAAAGAGGCAAAUUCAACGAUCUGAUCUUGAGGAUAAACGCGAGCCGCCGCAAAAAAUACUUGCGCGUUACAUGCAGCAGUACCCGGAUGAGAGCGAUGAGGUGAUGCGACGCUGCAUGGAGCUCAUGACGGCUUACAACCUAAAGGAGAAAAUGGGCCCCCUUCUUGUGCUUGAUGCCAUCGAGCUGGCAGAAAAGGGAUUUAUGGCAGGUUUGCGCCACCAUUCACGGCUGCUGAAGCGUUUCUGCCGAGUCACCGGCACCGCUUUGCUGGACGCCGCCACCGACGAGGCGACAAAGACGGACAUUUUGAAGCGCGAAAAACGGCUACAGUCUGCCACCGUUGAGGAGUGCGCUCGCAUUUGCGCCCGGCGGUACAAGCCGGACCAGAUGGUGGUGGCCCUGUUUGUCCUCUUCAUUGAGGGGGUUCUUAAGAGCACAACCAUUGAGGAGUGGGGCAAUGAGGAAGCCCCCGUCUCCAAAGUGGACCCCGCCGUCGACAAGGAGAUGAAAGAGGCUGCAAAACCACUCAUCGAAUGGCUUGCAUGA